UGUGUUAGAUGAGCGUUUCGUUCCCAAAAAAUCUCGCUCCCCUUCCCCCACCACGCUGCCGUUCCCUUCGAGGUGCCGCGCCGUGCCGCCGUCCCCCGCAACCAGAUCUACUCUCCACGCCGCGCCGCCUUCCCUCUCAUCACCUCCUCGAUCGACCUCGGUUUCUCCGCGAGCAAACCGCAAAAAUGGCGGCGGCACUUCGGCGUCCAAGGAUCAGGACGGCGUCGCGGUGCACGGCGGAGACGGCGCACGCCACGCACAGGUUCGAGGUCGACGGGUUCAGUCUGCACAUGGGUCUCGGCGCCGGCCGCUUCAUCCGGUCCGCCGCCUUCACCGUCGGCGGCUUCGACUGGUGCGUCCGCUUCUACCCCGAUGGACUCCACAGAGCGGAUACCGGAGACUCGUUCUGUGUCUGUCUGGAGCUUCUGAGCGAGAAAGCCGAGGUGAGGGUGCUCUAUCACCUCAGAUUGGUGCACCACAACGGAGCACCGUGGCCAGCCUUCUGGCGGAACAAACCGACGCUGUUUACCACCAUGGAGGCGAGUAAGAACCGUGGCUUGGACAUAUUCAAGUUCAUUGGCACGAGCGAUAGGGAAGCCUCUGGGCACAUACACAAUGACCGCCUCGUGAUCGAGUGCGACGUCACUGUUAUCAAGGAACCACAGGUAUCCGAGGUGGCGGCGAUCUCUGAGGAUUUGGUGGUGCCUCCUUCAGACUUGUCGGUCAACUUUGGAAAAUUGUUGGAGUCAGAGGAGGGAGCAGAUGUGAAAUUCAUUGUUCAAGGGGAGAUUUUCCCUGCACACAAGGUUAUUGUCGCGACACGAUCACCAGUCUUCAAGGCGGAGCUCUACGGGCCUGUAGGGGAGGGAAACAGGGAGUGCAUAACAAUUGAAGACAUGCUGGCUCCUGUUUUCAAGGCAUUGCUUCACUUCAUCUACACAGACUCAUUGCCCGCAAUGGAGGAUCUUGGCAGCGAUGACAAGGAAAUGAUGAAACACCUGCUUGUGGCUGCAGAUAGAUAUGCCAUGGAGAGGCUCAAGCUGAUUUGUGAGGGAAUUCUUUGCGUAAGUCUUGAUGUUGAAACUGUUGCAAUCAUCCUAUGUCUAGCAGACCAGCAUAACUGCAGAAAGCUCAAAGAUGCUUGCAUUGAGUAUAUCAACUCUUCAGAUAGAAUAAAUGAGGUGGUGGCAAGCCAAGGGUAUCUGCACCUGAAAAGGGCAUGCCCUUCUGUCCUUGUGGAUAUGUGGGAGGAGGAGAAAGUGACCAAAUCUCAAAAAAUUUAGUAUCCGCAUCGUUGAUUUAACUUUUUUAAGUAGUUACUAGGUUAGUUUGCGCAUAGCAACUAGAGAUGAGAUGCCUUAUCCUUUAGUUUGCAGAAGAUAUUUUGGCUAAUAGUAGUUCAUAUGAAAUGUACCUCUGUGCUAGCUCAGUUGUAUUAUCUUAAGAUCUUUUUAUGUGCUGAGUUAACAAUGUAUUACUUCUAUAACUUUUGUGUUGUGCGUUCAAACCGCCAAGUCAUCAGUUAGUCGAACAAUAUCUUGUGAAAUUGUGAUGAAUUAUUGCCCAAUAGUGCAAAUUGUUGGGCAACAUAGCCAUUCAGUGUGAAACUAUUAUGUUUUUCA